AAUUAUUAAAGGAAAUUUCAGUUUACCGUGUUUUCAAUAUUUGAACACAGUUUCACGGUAUGAGUGUAGAAUUAGCAAACUAAGCAAUUUGAGGGGAAUUCCCCAAAAGGUUUCUUCGAGAAUCUCCUGAUGGGCUUACUGGGUGAAUCCCCAGAGGAUUUUUUGCGGAGGUACCUUUUAAAAAACAGUUGAUAAACAUGUUUUAUUGAUAACAGUGGUUAAUACGAUGCGCACUACGUAAAUUCUGAACUGACUCAAUCCAACGUUAUCAAGCACAUGUUGUGUCUGGGUUAUGUUAUACAUUGGUUCAUUUUUUCGUAUUAUUUGGAAUGCAAGAAGUAUCUUCGUGUCUGCCACUCGAUAAUCGAAUGCAAAAUGGUCAACGUUACAAGAAAGCUUUCAGUAAACCAUAAUAUAGCGGAAAUAGACUAAUGCAUUCUGCCUUUCGAUCUCCUUUGAAACGUUAACCAUAAGGAAGAAGAUUGCCAGGGAAAAACCCAAAACCAAAGUGUGAAACAAAAACGACAUCGUUCUAUUCUUUUUAAUCUGGUCAUGAUCAACUAUUGAAUCAUUUCGCGCUUCCACAUAAGUAGCUAUAAUAAUCUUGGUUCUUGUAUGAGCAUUUCAAUUAACGUUCGGUCGGCGAUCAGGCAAGUUGUGCAGCAGGUUCUGGUGUCCAUUGACGAUCUGGUCUGGUCGCGAGAUGAAGUCGUUUAUAUGUGUUUUAUUGUGGUGCAUUAUAUUAAUCUCAAGAUGGGCAUCGUCGCAAGAAAUGGAUGAUUGUAUGACACUUAUGGCAAGAAAAGGUAAAUGUGUAUUGAUUGUGAACUGCCCAGCACUGUUAAAAAUUGCCAAUAGCUCGGAGAUUACAGCACGUCAGCAAAGAUUUUUCACUGCGCAUCUUUGUGGUGAUCAGAAGGUUUGCUGUGAAGAGCCGAAUCCAACGAGUGCUACUACUACUACUAUACCGGAUACCGACUAUAAUGAAUUUCCAGCAUUUCCAUUGCUGCCGAAUGAAAAUGAUUGUGGAUUGGAUCCUGCAAGUGAACGAAGCAUAAGUGGAGGUACAAUAGAUAUAGAUCAAUAUCGUUGGACGGUAGCAUUGGAUUACAACAACCAAAAGAUGAAAGGAGUUAGUUGCGGAGGUUCCUUGAUCAACACAAGAUAUGUAUUGACUGCUGCGCAUUGUGUUUACAGGGUGCGAGAAUACGAUCUCACUCUUCGCUUAGGUGAAUGGGAUAUCGAACAAGAUCCAGAUUGUGACAAUGAUGGAGACUGUAAUCCUGGAGUAAUAUUUGCCAAUGUGAGCCGGAUAAUUGUUCACCCAGAAUAUAAGCGAAACAAUAAAAUCAACGAUAUUGCACUCUUAAGGAUAAAACAAGCUCUUCCGAGGACCUACACGUCACAUAUUAUGCCCAUUUGUAUGCCAUUUUCAACGGAACUCAUGCACGAUUCUUUUACCGAUAAAACUGGCAGUGUUGUUGGUUGGGGGCAGAAUGAGAAUGGAAGAAGCCAUCGCAAAAUGUACACAGAGAUGACAACUAUCAGCAAUUAGAGGUAUAAAUAUGUAACAGGAAAAACGUUGGAAGAUAGUCAAAUGGUUGCUCAAACUAUAAGGGGCACUUGUAAUGACCAAUCCGGAAAUCCGCUACAAAUGCAAAUUAACGAUACGUACUAUCUAAUCGGAAUUGCCAGCUACGGAUCACCUUGCGGUUAUUGGACUAUGGUACCAAUGGUUUACACCAGAGUCACGUCAUUCAUGGAUUGGAUAUUGGAAAAUAUCCAUGA